AUGGAGGCGUCUGACAUUGGAAAGGUGGUCGGAAAUGUGUUCGCCGGACGAGCUCUAGGAUUUUCAUGGUUCUUUGAUCGUGAGGCCAUUCAAGAUAGAGUGCCAGAUUUCCCCGCCAAGUAUGAAGGGAAAACAAUUGAGAGAGCUCUUCACCGGAAUAAUUUAAAGAAGAAGCUCAUACUUCCGGCCACUCUACUUGUGGUCGAGCCCAUCUACCAAGUUCUUAAUGUAGAAGCUGCGACUGAGGUCGUGGAGGGGCCUGCGGCUACCACUGAGCCGGUUGUUGAAGCCGACUCCCAGGUCACUGUUGACCAAGUUAUUGCCGAACCCACUUCCGACCAGGCUGUUGUCGAGGGAUCUUCUGCUUCUCCUUCAUAG